AUGAUUAUUGAGUCCUUUACAGAGGAUGCCCCAUUAUGCACGAACGUUUCUUUGUACGAGUAUGUGCCACGCCGUGGUCGCCGGGCCCCGGAACAAGCACGAGGACGGGCCCCGGGAGCCCCACGCGGACGGUCCCCGGGAGCGCCCCGCGGACAGGCCCCGAUAGCGACCCGCGGACGGGCCCCGGGAGUGCAAGGACCACUGAACCAGCAGCAGCAGGACCAGCAGCAGCAGGACAAGCAGAAGCAGGACCGGCAGUCACUGAUCCAGCAGCAGCAGGACCAGAAGCAGCAGGACAAGCAGAAGCAGGACCGGCAGUCACUGAACCAGCAGCAGCUGAACCAGCCGAAGAUGCAGAAAAAGCCUGAUCGGCCAUUGUAA